UUAUGUCUCUCAUUUAAAGGGAUCCCCUGGUCGAGAAGGUCCCCCAGGUCCUCCUGGCCCCCCGGGUCAACCAACUGCCUUGCCAAUUGUCGGAGAUAUGAGCUCUUUACUCAAGAAUGCCUGCACCGUGUGCCAGACCAGAGUGCCAGGUCUGCCUGGGCAGAAGGGCGAGGAGGGAACCCAUGGAGCGACAGGAGUGCAAGGCAUGGUGGGAGAAAAGGGGGAUCCAGGAGUGCGAGGACCUCUUGGUAAUCCAGGGAAAGAAGGUCCAAAGGGGAUGAAAGGAGAGAGAGGAUUCCCUGGGCCUAGUGGAGACAAAGGAGACGAGGGCUCUCCUGGAGUUCCAGGCAUUCUGGGUACAACAGGCCGUACUGGAGCCCCUGGGGUCAUGGGCAGACCUGGGCCAAUGGGUCAGCCUGGAACAAAGGGAGAUCGGGGAAGUGAAGGCUCCCCUGGAAGGCCAGGACUACCAGGCCCCCCAGGUGUCCCUUAUGUGGAGGGCAAUGGGAUGAGCAGUCUGUACAAACUGCAGAGUGGAGGAGCCAUCUCAGGACCCCCUGGAGCACCAGGUGCACAAGGCCCCAAAGGAGACGAGGGAAGAGUGGGAGAUCCCGGAUCCAUGGGUUUACCUGGACUAGAAGGACUACCUGGAGCCAAGGGUGAUCUGGGGAUGCCUGGAGCCCCUGGAAUACCUGGCCCUUCAGGGAAACCUGGAGCUCGCGGUGAUUCGGGGAUCCCUGGGGAACCGGGUGAGAGGGGCCCGCUGGGGGAGACAGGAUUCCCAGGUCCUGAGGGACCCCAAGGUGCUCCUGGGAGGCCCGGGAAAGAUGGACUUCCUGGGUAUGAGGGAGCCACAGGUAGACUAGGAGACAGAGGAUCCAAGGGAGAACGGGGGGACCCAGGGAUACCUGGAGCGAGGGGAGUCCAAGGAGAGAGGGGAAGGACAGGAGACCCAGGAAUAGUGGGACCUAUCGGGCCCCAAGGCCACCGAGGAGACCCUGGUCCCCCAGGUCCCAUAGCAUCACCAAGCCCUCUGAAUGAUGCCAGUUCCAUGGAGGAAAUUAAAAUGUUUAUCCGGAAUGAAGUAUUGCGGUUGUUUGAAGAGAGACUAUCAAGCCAUGCCAUGCAGAAGACGCCGGCGGCCAUUUUAGCGGCGCAGGUUCGACAGGGUUCUCCCGGUCCCCCUGGCAAUGACGGAUCCCCAGGGUCUCCAGGGGAAGAAGGCCCCCCUGGCCCUCAAGGGUACAGAGGUCAGAAAGGAGAGAGAGGUCAGCUAGGUCUGGGGAUACCAGGAGCUCCAGGUCUGGCAGGACCACCAGGUGAACCUGGAAGCAGUAUCCAGGGGCCAUCGGGCCCUUCAGGUCCCCAGGGACCUCAUGGUAAAUGUGAUCCCAGUGACUGUCUCCAUCCAUCCUCUCACUCCAGACGGAACGGCUAGGGCCCCCCCCCCCUCAACUGAUAGGGGACCCUUCAAUGAAUAAAGGCCCUCUCAAUGGCUAGGGCCCAGGGGCCCCCUCCACCCAUCCAGCCUCCAUCUCUCUACAGCAGUCAACCAUAGGCACAGGAGCCGGGCGUGUGGAGCCUGAUCACUCAGUCAGCUCAUAUCAGACAGACAGUAUCGUCCUUGUGGUCAGUUUUACAUUGAAAACACACAUCCUCAGUUUCUGCUUUACAUGGGAAAGACUCAACCAGAAAUAGAUACAACAUGUAUCUCAACACAAUGGUGUAGGAUGAAAUUGCAAAUAGAUGCUGAUCUUGGGUCAGUUUUGCUAAUUGUUAAGGUGAGGUUUGGGGGAGGGGAAGCUGAUCCUAGAUCUGUACCUAGUGGAAACUUCACCCUGGAGCGCUCACAACCGCCUUUCGGUUUUCUUAUGACCAUAGAAGCAUUGAAAUGCAAUUAUUUGUUACUUUACGUUGAUGGUUAUUCUAUUCAUUUGAAAUGUGUUACAGUCCAUUAUUAUUGUCAUUGUAGCUAUGAUGAUCAUAUGAAGCACUGUUUCAUUUAUUUCUUGUUUUCACACAACUCCCCUGCUGUGACCUGAUGCAUUCCAUAUUCAUUCACAUUGUCUUUCGAGACCGUAAAUUCAUUUGUUUCUUUAAAUAAUACUGUCGGGAGAAAACAUUUUCUUAAUGAUUUAAUAAUGCUUGUUUAUGGGGAUAGCUAUGCACACGUUUGGUCUCAUUUGAUAUUUUCGUUGUGUGUGUGUGAGCUGGUAAACAGGCAGUCUGAAAUGUGUGUGUUUGUGUAUGACUAAUCAAUAUUCUUUGUGUGAACUGUUUAUGCAUACCAAAGUGAAGGAGGAUCAUGUAACACGAAAUAUAGUUCUGAAUAUAUAUUUCAUAUAUUAAUAUAUAUUUCCUCAAUGAAUGGGAUAUUUGUGAAACGUGUUAGAAGGAAGCUAGCUACAUGAUUUGAUCCAUUUACAUAACAUAAUGAAUAUCUUGUCGUGUAAUUCAUUACUAGAGCUUUGUUUAUGAAUUUUAUGAAGUUUUGAGAAUGCUAAAUAUUCUGUGUUUCAAACACUACCAGUCAGAUAUAUUGCAUGAUACUGUUGUAAUUGUAAAGGGAUGGUCUUGUAUCAAAACAGAAUACUGGGUUCCUCUCUCGUCACCCUACACUCUACGUACUUUAUGUGAGGCGUUAUUCAGUGAGAUCUCUCCACAUACUAUACACCUCAACAUGUAGUGUUCAUAACAGACUAAUUGAAUAGCCUGCUAGAUUGGGUUCUUAGUUCUGAUAUUAUUCAACAGGUAACAUCGCCUGACUGUUGCCAUAUCUCAAGACAACCAGCACAACAUGAUCAAGGGUUAAACACUAGCUUAAUGCCAACUGAAUGUAGUUUGUGACGGCUUGGUCAAGUUGACAUUUCUUCCAUGUACAGUUUGUGUGUAAGUGUGUAUAUUAUGCUAAUGUCGUAUCACCUCACGUUCACGUGAAGUUAGCCGCGAAGACUUCAAUGUAGAUUUCUUGCAGUCAUACAUAUGGCUAACAUGAAGUAGGACAGUUUCCCUUUAUCCAUGGUCUUGUCUCCAAAGAGGGCAAACAAAUACAUGUCAAAUACUACAGUGAUUGAUUGAAGUUGCCCAGUACAAUGAAACCAAUAGAAUAUGGUAGGAUCUGAGAAGUUGUUACAUCGCUGCUCUUUUGGCAACAUGGUCUCAUUAGAAUAUGUCAAAACAAUAGUGCCAUUUAACUACAUAGGUAUAUGUCACUUCUGUGGACGUAUUACUGAUAUGUCACUAAAUUAGACGUCACUUAUAAUGACAUAUUAGCUACUUAUAUGUCACUAUAACAU